AUGCCCGAUGACAUCCGCCUCCUCCUCGCGGAUGACGACUUCACCGACCCCCGACAGCUGGCAGCACGAGCAGACGUACUGUGGCACGCCAAACAACAGGGCGAGGCAGUCAUCAACACCGUGGCCCCAAGAGUCCGCAAAGCUCCGCGACUAACCGGCGCCUACACCGACGAAACAACAACGACGUCACCCGUGAAGGCCACCAACAAGGAUAAGUGGUGCUUCUAUGAUCAAAGCCUCGACACUCGCUCCUGGAAGAAAGGUCCUCCCUUGACGGCCGCAAACGGCAGCAACAUGAGAACAUUCGGCGCCCGCACGGUACCCCUCAACUUCAAUGACCGCCGCUCCACUUGGACCUUUACCAUCGCCGACGUCUCCCAGCCAUUGCUUGGCCCCGACUUCCUCCAGGCACACUCUUUGCUUGUCAACAUAAAAGGACGACGCCUCGUAAAUUCCGAGACGUUCGAGUCUCUGAGUUUGCGCCACGCUGAGGGGUUCGCGCCCCACCUCGGUUCGGUAACCGCCUCCAGCAACGAGUGUGCUAAGUUGUUAACGGACUUCCCGGACAUCAUCACGCCCCAGUUCCAGUCAGCCACACCCAAGCAUGGGGUGAUGGAUCAUAUCACCACCACUGGGCCGCCGCUCCACGCACGUGCACGCACGUUACCCCCUGACAGGCUCUUGCAAGCCAAAGAAGAGUUCCGCAAGAUGGAGGAUAUGGGCAUAGUGCGUCGCUCAGACAGCCCAUGGGCGUCCCCGCUGCACAUGACUCCGAAGUCAUCUGGCGGAUGGAGACCUUGUGGGGACUACCGCCGCCUUAAUGAGGUCACAACAGCCGACCGGUACCCGAUCCCUCACAUCCAGGACUUCACUGCAAAUCUCGACGGUGCCAAGCUCUUUUCAAAGAUCGACUUGUAUGCCGUUCAAGCGUUCAAGCGCCUUAUGGACAGCGUGGGUCGUUGUCUUGACUUCGUGUUCAUCUACCUCCACGACAUCCUCAUCGCCAGCCGCUUUCGACAGAAACACCGUGAACGCCUCCGGCAACUCUUGCAGAGGCUUAAUGACUAUGGCCUUGCUAUCAACCUUGGUUAG